UAUGGUUGAAGCAAUCAAGAAGAUGCUUGUAAAGAGAAAGGGACUAGGUGACCCAGACUUUGAAAUACAUGUCGAAGAUGUUGUAAACGAUAUGCUCUCUGACGACACAGCAACAGAUUUGAAGGACCAAAUAGAUGAUGACAAAGCUAGUGAUCCUUGGUCUCAUCUUAAAAGGUUGAGGCUACUCCGUGACCAUGGCACCAGUCACUUGUGCGUCGUCGGUAGGCACAGGGGCGCAGUUUCUAUGACUACCUCUAUUAAUGGCUUAUUUGGAGCAUUGUUUAGGUCUUGUAAAACAGGGAUAAUACUCAACAAUCAGAUGGAUGAUUUCAACAUCCCUACAGACAUUUCAAAUCCCACUAUACCGUCAGCAAGUGCAAACUACAUCGAGCCAUUUAAAAGGCCUUUAUCCUCCAUGAUGCCCACCAUAUUUCUCAAGGAUCGAGAACUUGAGGGUGUGAUUGGUGGAAGUGGAGGACCGAGAAUAAUUCCUACAACUAUACAGGUCCUCUUGAACUAUUUUAUU